ACGAGAUAUCCCGGAGAGAACUUGUAUGAGCGUGUUUACAGCCAGGCCAGCACCAAGAUGACGACCAGAACAUAUGGCAAACACACCCACGUCUACCAGACCCAUUUCACCACAGACAUCCAACUCGAUGUGUACCUCCCACCCGACAAGGACUCGAAAACCCCUAAACCAAUCCUCCUGUGGUUUCACGGUGGCUACCUCGUAAGUCUCCCCGACUUUUGCAUGCCAAAAAUCUCCACCCGAGAAAGCAACGCAAAGAGAAAAAGAACCUCCAGCUCAGCACCACAGCAGGUAACAGGCAGCCGCAAAGCCAUCCCCGCCUGGCUCCUCCACCACGCGCUCACCCAGAACUGGACCCUCAUCUCAGCCGACUACAGAGUCCUGCCCGAAUCGACCGGCCUCGCGACCACCGAAGACGCGAUCGCGGCCUACGAAUGGGUAGCCGGAGGCGCUCUCCGCCGCCUGCACCCAGACUGCACCGCCGAUCCAGACCAGAUCGUGCUGGCAGGGGCCAGUGCCGGAGGCUGGUGCGCCUUGGUGACCGCGCUGCACUUUACACCCCCGGCUUCCACCCUCGCGGAGCAGACAGGCCAAACUCCCCUCCCGCCCCCAAAGGCGCUCUGGCUCCUCUACCCGCUACUAGACCUCGGGAGUCGGAAAUGGGCCCAGAGCGUCGCACUCCCCGGUGCGAUGGCGAUUGACCCAGCGGCAGCGGAGCGGCUCUUACAACACGAGAUUCCGCAGCGAAUCGCGCGGGCCGAGAUAAGCGUCGGAGAGGAUUUCCCGUCCUCUGAAGAGGAAAUGCGCACGCGACAACGGCUUCCCUUGUUGUAUUCGCUUCUGGAGCGCGGGGUAUUUCUGGAUUUUCUGACGGGGUCGGCUGGGUUCGGGGAGAGGGUGGUGGGGUUAGGGCUGGACGGGGCGGUCGCGGGGCAUGUGCAGGAGAAUCGCGUGCGGGGACUUUUUCCGCUGGACGACGGCGCCUUUGGGCCUGGGUUCCCUGCGACGAUUGUUGUGCAUGGGACGGAUGAUCGGGAGGUUUCCUGUGGUGAGAGUGAGAGGCUGAUGGCGAAGUUACUGGAGAGUGGUGCUGAGGUGCAGUAUUUUCCUGUCGAUGGCGCGGGUCAUGUUUUUGAUCUGGAGUUGCGGGAGGGUUUGCGGGAUGGUGAGGGGGGCCAGGCUGGCGCGACCCUUGUACGGGCUUUACAGGCGCUGCAAAGAUACCUUGAGGGAAUAGCCCUCCUAUCCCACUAUACCCCGCCUUCCUUGAUGCAAAAACCGGCAUUUUACCUACGAAACCAUAAGCAGUGGGAAACCCUGGCGUGA